AUAAUUUACCGCUCCAAUGCUCAUUUUCUUUCUACAUCGGCAUCUUUAGAUCGCUCUUCUCAGAGUUCACCGUCCCUUGUCCACAUUUAUCUUACAUGUGAGAGAAUUACCGGAGCCACGGAAAUGAGAGGGCUGGAAGAUUUGGUUACUAACUCCCUUCUAAUCUCCCCGGACCCAAGCGCUCCGGCAGCCGGAGCAGGGGUAGGCUCCGAUCAGUCUUCGUCCCAAGUGGACUGCCACGGGCUUUUGUACAAUCUUUCGCUCGUCGUGCCGGCAGUGCUAUUCGUAGCGUAUCUGGCGUCGCAGGCGCGGCGGAGCUUCGCGAAGCUUAGCUAUGGGCGGUCUUAUGUCAUGAUCGCGUACUAUGCUCUCCUCUGGAUCGUCAGUGUUCUCAAUUUCGUUUGGUGCGUUCUUCAGUCAUGGCAAUGUACACCUACGAAGGAGUUUUCAUGGAACAUUUUAUCACUAUGCACACAAUCAGGAAUGCUGUUUCUGGAAGUCAGCUUGAUUGCCUUUUUACUUCAAGGAAAUCAUGCUGGUGAUUUGGAAGCUUUCACGCGCACAUUUGUUGUGUCCGGAGUUAUAGUUGCAGUAGAUGCACUGCUGAAGGCUAUCUAUUUAUUUGGCUUUGGAGUGCCCUUGUUCAUCGAUGGUGUCAGUCAAUUAAAUAGAGUGAAAUGGGGCUUGUGGAUUGUUCAUAAACUAUUGCUCACUGCAAUUUAUGGCUUGAUUUUGUUCGUGUACCAUUCUAAAUGGAGGGAGAGACUACCUGCUCGACCAACAUUCUACAACUACAUCUGCGUCAUGUUCUUGAUAAACACAGUAUCACUCUUCUCCUGCCUGCUUAUGGAAAAUGGAUUUGGGUUUGGGUUCUGGUUGCAUGGUCUUAUAACCAUAUGCUACCAUUCAUUUUAUCUUCCUCUCCUCUACAUGACAUUCCUUGCAGAUUUUUUCCAGGAAGAAGAUCUGAGGUUGGAGAAUGUUUAUUACUCAGAGAUGAAAGAUGCUGGUUUUUUUGAUGCUGACUGGGAAUAACCUUCUGGUAGAAAGAGUUUGCCUAAAUCUAAUUCUAACCUUCUUGUGUUCAUCUCUUCGUGCUAAAGGCUUGCAGGCUCGCCAAUCUCAUAGAUCUGUUCUAUAUUUUGUAAUGAAAUGUAGUAAAAAAGAAAAAAAGAAGAAGAAAGACCUUGUAUUUUGCAAGCAUAUCAGUGCUGCGUACCUUAAAUUAUUUCGACUUGCUUCUGUUGAUUCAUAAGUUUAUUUUCCACCUAAGCUUUUAUUAAAGGUGUUAGGCAUCCCAUUCCACCAUCCAUGCUGGUCCACAUGCCAAUAUGUUGUCUUUUCCUUAAAUUGUGGAUUCUGUGUUGUAUAUGUGUUUGUCAUGUCUCAAAGCUGUACAUGUUCUCAUCUCUUAAAACUAGUAAAACUAAAGGUCUUUUUUCUCAUCUUUUGUAGCUAUUUCAAUCUCUCUCUUUUUUUUCUUUCUUUUUCUC